GGUACAUAAACAUGGCUCCCUACAUGUUUAGUUUGCCUACAUGACUUUUAAACUGAAAUGAAUUCUGAGGUCUUACGGGCCAAAACGACGAUAUGAUUAUGAGGCACACCGUAGUGGGGUACUCCAGAUUAGUUUUGACCACCUGAGGUUCUUUAAAGUGCAGCCAGUACAUGAUUAGUGAAAACGCCGAUUGCAGGCUGGCGUAGGCUGCGUGCGCAUCUUAAACGCAGCUCGCCAUAAAAGCGCAAGAGCGAUGGAGUUCAGUUUUGUGUUGUGCACGAACGCUAGUCUUUAAGCCAUCGCGAUGCCUUUUGAUGUCCCACAUGUUCCACAGCCGGCUGUACGGUUCCCCAUCCGCCUACGUCAGACCCUUGUACCGUCAGCGGAAGGAUUUAGGGCUACGUUCUUUCGACAGUACGCAUCACUGAAGUCGCGAUCUGCCUUGAUUGCUGCGACAUUGGCAAUUGCCGAAAACACCGUAGCUUCCGUCAUUCAAUGGUGCCAUGAAGCAGCGCGGGCUGCUCUGUCCGGCUUAAGCCCUCGCCUGGUGAACACGGACACGACCGCCCCCUGCGGAGGCGCCAUCGCGAAGGAUCAGCGGGCGCGGCGUUCGCGCCCGCUCGAGGACGGGUCCCCCGGAGUGGUCCCCCACAAACGCAGGAAGACUGCAGGAGAGCGAUGGCAAGGACAUGAACGGACCGAAAACUUGGGAGCCACGGCGUCAGCUGCACUGCGCAUGGCCGCUCAACCCUCGGAACUCGUGGAAGCGAUAAGCCAUCUGCUGUCUGUGUCGACUCGCCGAGCUUUCAGUUCGGUGCACGCAGCGCUUGACCAGUUGAUCUCGUUUUGCAAUCCUGGUCAAGGCGUUGACGUCGCCGAUGUGCAGUCGCUGGCCACGCAGUCUAUUCACGUGUUGGCGAAAGUGCGCAUUGCUUUGGAGCUCCAGUUGUCUUACGAGACCAACGCCUUCGUGCGCAUUGGAGAAAUGUUCCUCAGUUACCUGGAUGUCACCAUCUUUGCGCACCGCAUCUUUUCCGCAACUGCGCAGACACCGGAAGAACUGCGCGGCGUCGCAGAGGAGCACACCUUGCUGAGGUCCUGGGUUUCCUCGACAGCACCGUCAAGCCUGUUGCGUGGCCUCUCCAGAGACUUCCACACUUUGUACCGUGCUUGGUCACUCAGGAGGACGCUGUUCUCAGUUUCCGACUUGUCAGCUUCCUCGUCGGAUGACGGCAUGGAGGCUGACGUUUUAAACCCUAACGGUGACGCCUUUAAAGCAGACGACUAGCCUUUGCUUGACUGUUCUCCUGUAGAACUUUUGCAGCAGUUAUAUCGUUAAUAAAACGUAUUCUCAAUUUCGGA